AUGGUGGACAUGAUGAAACAGCAUGAUAGGUAAUCACAUGAUGUUUCCCUAGGCCUAGGGCAUCUCUGUAAACACUGUACAGCUUUAUUCCAGAUGGCCACAGUGUGAUGGCAGUUCUGUUAGCUUCUCAACGUUAACUUUAGUACAAAGUCUUCCUCACCCUGACAGAACAGGACAGCAAAGUGUUGACAGGUCUCCAAUCUUCCACUGCUCCCUAAAAUCCAGCAUAAAGAAAAUACAUUUUCUUCCCACAUAAUUACUCAUGCUUCUGUGUGGGUCUACAGGCUCAUAGCAAACACACACACACACACACACACACUGACACACACAGACGUGCACACACACACUCACACACACACACGCACAAACAAACGUUGGACUAUGUUAGUAAUGAGAUGAUGAAUCACUAGAAAUUGAGCUCCAGAGAGAGAGAGUCAUGCCGGAAGUAAGAAUACACUGUGUUCUCCACAGUCAUCAACAAUCAGGAUGUAUACGUGUUAUAACUUAGUUCUCUUGUUUUCAACCCUGUUUGUUAUAUGUUGUGUUAUAUGUCAUGUUAUAUGUCAUGUUAUAUGUUAUGUUAUAUGUCAUGUUAUAUGUUAUGUUAUAUGUUAUGUUAUAUGUUAUGUUAUGUUAUAUGUCAUGUUAUAUGUUAUGUUAUAUGUCAUGUUAUAUGUUAUGUUAUAUGUCAUAUUAUAUGUAAUGUUAUAUGUCGUGUUAUAUGUCAUGUUAUAUAUCAUAUUAUAUGUUUUGUUAUAUGUCAUGUUAUAUGUCGUGUUAUAUGUCGUGUUAUAUGUCAUGUUAUAUGUCAUGUUAUAUGUUAUGUUAUAUGUUAUGUUAUAUGUCAUAUUAUAUCUCAUGUUAUAUGUUAUGUUAUAUGUCAUGGUAUAUGUUAUGUUAUAUGUCAUAUUAUAUGUAAUGUUAUAUGUCGUGUUAUAUGUCAUGUUAUAUAUCAUAUUAUAUGUUUUGUUAUAUGUCAUGUUAUAUGUCGUGUUAUAUGUCGUGUUAUAUGUCGUGUUAUAUGUUGUGUUAUAUGUCACGUUAUAUGUCAUGUUAUAUGUCAUGUUAUAUGUCGUGUUAUAUGUCAUGUUAUAUGUCAUGUUAUAUGUCAUGUUAUAUGUCGUGUUAUAUGUCGUGUUAUAUGUCGUGUUAUAUGUCAUAUUAUAUGUCAUGUUAUAUGUUGUGGUAUAUGUUAUGUUAUAUGUUGUGUUAAUUGUUGUUAUAUGUCACGUUAUAUGUUGUAUUAUACAGUACGAGUCAAAAGUUUGGACACCCCUACUCAUUCCAGGGUUUUUCUUUAUUUUUACUAUUUUCUACAUUGUAGAAUAAUAGUGAAGACAUCAAAACUAUGAAAUAGCACAUAUGGAAUCAUGUAGUAAACAAAAAAAAAGUGUUAAACAAAUCAAAAUAUUAUUUUAUAUUUGAGAUUCUUCAAAUAGCCAUCCUUUGCCUUGAUGACAGCUUUGCACACUCUUGGCAUUCUCUCAGCCAGCUUCACCUGGAAUGCUUUUCCACACCUCCUCCUCCAUGCUUGGUCCUCUGUAGCUCAGCUGGUAGAGCACGACGCUUGUAACGCCAAGGUAGUGGGUUCGAUCCCCGGGACCACCCAUACAAAAAAAUGUAUGCACGCAUGACUGUAAGUCGCUUUGGAUAAAAGCGUCUGCUAAAUGGCAUAUUUAUUAUUUUAUUUAUUUAUUACGGUGGGAAAUACACAUGCGGAGAUCAUCCGUUCACCCACUCCGCGUCUCACAAAGACAUGGCGGUUGGAACCAAAAAUCUCCAAUUUGGACUCCAGACUAAAGGACACAUUUCCACCGGUCUAAUGUCCAUUGCUUGUGUUUCUUGGCCCAAGCAAGUCUCUUUUUAUUAUUGGUGUCCUUUAGUAGUGGUUUCUUUGCAGCAAUUCGACCAUAAAGGCCUGAUUCACACAGUCUCCUCUGAACAGUUGACGUUCUACUUGAACUCUGUGAAGCAUUUAUUUGGGAUGCAAUUUCUGAGGCUGGUAACUCUAAUGAACGUAUCCUCUGCAGCAGAGGUAAAUAUGGAGACUGUUUAGUGACAAAAAUAAGGGGUUAAAUACAUGUACAAAAUAAAAUAAAAUCCUGAUCUUUCUUAUAUCGCUCAGCUAUAGGAUAGACACUUCUGAACAAAUUUCCUAUAGAUUUUUUUUUGGGGGGGAUGUAUGUUGUUCCAUGUAGUGAAUCUGUUAUUCAAUGCGUUUGUAUGGGCUAAUAGCAGUAAGGACACAUUUUUUUCUCAUCAAGUCAUUUUUUUAUACAUUUUUUUGAUACUUCAAGGGGUCAUAAAAUUCCAAAACAAAUAGCAAAUUGAUCCUUGGUAUGACCUAAUAAAAACAAUUCCAUAUAGCUUAGUUUAUAACUUCGCCUGGCAUUCAGAAUUUUUUUUUGUGUGACCGAACAGCCGAAAAAAAACCUAACCAAAGUCCAAAACGAACAGAAACCGUCUCAAAAUGUCGUCAUAAUAUAUGCACUAACUCUACCGAACUGUUUCCUGCCCCGGAGCAGGUUAGAUCUGAAGGAUUCGUUGCCAUAGAUUUACCUGGCUAAAAGGUGAGCCACAUUCGUGCUAAGGGAGCGUGGGGUAAAAUGAGCCAAAACGGUAAAUUGAGCCACCCUUGUUUGUAGGAAACCAUACAGAAAAUGAAUGGUAUGACCCAAAUUAAAUUCGUACUAUAGGGCUUAGCCAGGGUUGGGCUCAAUUCAGAAUUUUGGAAUUUACUCUAUUUAACUAAUGAGUUGAAAUUCGAAUUGAAUUGGCCACACCCCACAGGAUGUACAGUAUAAUUUGAAUUUGAGUUUGAGUGACAGGAAGUAGAAUUUAAUUCAGGUGCAAUUAAAAUAAAUUCCACUCAGUCAUAGAACAUGAGAGUUUCAUUGAAUCUGACAGGUCACACUUCCAGAUACCAAAGAAUAUAUCACUUUUCUCUGGAAACAAUGUUCAUUUACUCUUUUAACCUUAGUGUUUAGAAUAGCCAAGUAUAUUUCCACCAAACAUUUCAUUUGUUUUGCUUCUUUUGAAGGCUUUAUGACCAACUUGAGGGUUAAACUAAUGCAUUCAGGGAAAUGUAGUAUUAUCCCCAUAUUGAGCAAAAUGUAAGUGAUUAAUUAAAUAGAAUAACUUAGAAUAUUCGCAUACAGGUUUUCUUUUCCAUCAAUAUUUUAUACGCAUGUAUAUAACGAUACGUUUGAUGUUUUAUGUACUGUAUUGUUGGCUAUCUAUCACAAAUUCCCAAUUGCGCUUUUUUAUUGAUCAAAUUAAUUAAUCUGGCCGAUGAGACAAGUAUCCCUAAAUGAUGUCAUAUCCGCUUUGCAGGUCCCUGUACAUCGCUGAUGUUUCACCACCCCGGUUCCGCUGCCACAAACUUUUCCAGCUCGUACUCAGUCACCAGCGGCUGGUGCUGUCUGUCGCGCGUUCCGAGCAGCGGUGAACGUGAUUACUCGUCUGAUGGCAUUGAUCUACCCCUCGCUCUUUCUCGGGAGUCGUUAAACAGCCGGGCAUUUGACCGUUUUUUAACAGGCAGAACCACCAGUCAUCCUCCGACGUGCUUGAAACAUACAGAGGAACAGGAGGCGACCCGUUUGUGGGCAGAAUGCGGGCGCUAUCCGUGGUGCCGAAUCCGCUGCUGUUUCUACUGCUGUUCAGCUAUUAUCCUUCUGUGGUGAGUUGAGUUCCACUGACUGCCUGUUUCAUCGCCAAGACACUGCGUGAGGAGUUAGGCUAUUGGCUAGAUUAAAACAACUGCAUAAUUAUAGUUUUAGGCGGAUAGACUGAUACAAUGUUGUGAUUUGAAGUUCGUAUUACAACGUGUUGAGAACACAAAUACAAGCUUCAAUCGCUUUCUCUGAGGGGCUGUGAAUGGAGAAACUUGUUUAAUUGUUUGAAACAUCUGUAAGCCAUUCAGUGGCUUUUACAGGGAUAGAAAGAAACAGGAAUGUAAUGCUUCUCCCUCCUCUUAACUGUUGCAUUGGUGGGUUUUCAAUUCAUUUUUCUUUAUACAUUCAAGGGGCAAAUUUAGUAGAACACUCUUAAUGGAAGUUCCCUAGUCUGCAGUGUUUAAAUUGCACUAAUUAAUGACUGUUAAGACACGGGAGAAACAGACAUCUGCGUUUUACUUGUCAUGUCUGUCAGCAGAUUGUUCACCACCACAUCUCGCUCUCUUCUCUGCCCUCGUCUCUCAUAUCUGCUGAGGCGAUAUCUAUAGAGAUUCGAUCGAGAUCUCUCCGGCUCUCUAUGACUGCUGCAGAUCUAUCUGUCGCUUCCGAGGCUCGUCUCGAUCUAAAAUUACACGUGAUCCUCUCAUACUACUCUCUUCGCUCUCUUCACUCUCUAUCUCUCUCGCUCUCUCUCUCUCCGUACAUCUCCUAAUCCCCCUCUCUCUCCCCCCCUCUCUCUAUCCUCUCUCUCUGUCUCCCUUUGCCAACAACACUGUAUAUGGUUGUAUUCUGAUAUUGAUUCUUGGAAGUUGCCAGAGAAGUAACUGUCUUUUUUAAUGGUGGGUUCAAUCAUUAUACAACACAAUUACACUGACCAAUUUCCUAUUGGCUCUAAUAGAAAGACCAUCUAAAACAACUUUAAUGGGGAAGGGGGCCACAAAGAAUCUGAACUCAUCACGAGGGACCACAGUAGCUCGCAGGUCUGCGUACCCGCAUCCAUUCACACACAUGGAAUCAGAGCCAGGCCUUUUGGGGGGCCUUAAGCAACAUUUUGUUGGGAGGCACCUCCACAACCUGAGAGCAAAAUAUUUUAGCCGCCCCCACUCUUGACAGAGUAGAGAAACGUUUGAAGUUUUAGAGUUUAUUUCAUGCAAUUCUGCACAUUUUGCCAUAGGGUGGAGAGAAAUGUUUGUCAGGGUGUUAUAGUGGCAGUCUAUUCAUCAGAACAUAAAGCAUUGUCAGGGUGUUAUAGUGGGCUAUCCGUAUUGGAUCUGGUGCAGCUGGAUGUGAAUGUGGAGGGAACACCUUUCUCCCAAAGUGUACACUUGUUCACUUCCCUUCACUAAUUUCAAAGGAAAUGACUGGUAUAUGGAAACUCCCUCUAGCUCUCCACCAUUCCGAUGCUUUUAAAUGUAUGGUAGGUAGUGAACGAGUGCACACUUGAGGAGAAAGGAGAGAUUAUUGGGAACACAGCCAAGAUGUACGCACAAGGAGGAGGAAGUGACCAUUUCACCCACAGAGACUUGACUAGCUGGCCUCCAAUGUAAGCUUUUCAAAUCACACUGAAAAGAACUAUGAGCGUAAGGUUUUUCCUUGGUCAAUUUGGCAUUAUGAAAAAAGAUCCAGGUUUCAUCAACUGCCAAAUGCCAAGAGACUGACUCGCUGACUCAUAACUUGAUAGUCCUGAAUAAAUGAAGCGGCCUCACAAUGAACACACUGCACAUGCCCUGAAACUCUUUCAGUGUGAGAGCCAGCACUUUAUUUUUCUAUAUUUUCACUGCUCGGCUGAUCUCUAUUCAUUGUGAAUGUCUCAUACCAGAUAUGUGAACUUUGUGGCGAAUAGAGAUUGAAAAUGUAUUUGCCCAUCAGAUGGUCACACUCUGACCGGGGUAAAUCCAUUUAGAAUUCAAUCACUUUUUGACAGAAUGCCUUUUGAUUUAAAGAAAACUUUCCGUACAUGUUUGCCCAUGGAAGAAGUGGUCAGAAAAUGACUUUUUGGACCUGAAUGCCAAAACAUUCAAGAGAUAAAGGUGUUCAAAGUUGACCUAUUUUUCAUACCCCACCAUACCAUGAAACAUCCACGUCUUCAUCACUGGAAAAGAUAAACGGUUGAGAUUGAUAUCAUUUAAAUGCUUACAAACAGGGAUGACAAACUAUUUCAUUAUUUCUUGAAGAAACUGUUUUGGCCCAGUGCAGUCAACAUUUUUUGCCCCAACACAGUCAGAAACAUGUUUUUCCGGUGUUUUAUAUAUACACUGCUCAAAAAAAUAAAGGGAACACUUAAACAACACAAUGUAACUCCAAGUCAAUCACACUUCUGUGAAAUCAAACUGUCCACUUAGGAAGCAACACUGAUUGACAAUACAUUUCACAUGCUGUUGUGCUUACAGCCCAACACCGUGCAGGAUGUUUGGCAUUUGCCAGAGAACACCAAGAUUGGCAAAUUCGCCACUGGCGCCCUAUGCUCUUCACAGAUGAAAGCAGGUUCACACUGAGCACAUGUGACAGACGUGACAGUCUAGAGACGCCAUGGAGAACGUUCUGCUGCCUGCAACAUCCUCCAGCAUGACCGGUUUGGCGGUGGGUCAGUCAUGGUGUGGGGUGGCAUUUCUUUGGGGGGCCGCACAGCCCUCCAUGUGCUCGCCAGAGGUAGCCUGACUGCCAUUAGGUACCGAGAUGAGAUCCUCAGACCCCUUGUGAGACCAUAUGCUGGUGCGGUUGGCCCUGGGUUCCUCCUAAUGCAAGACAAUGCUAGACCUCAUGUGGCUGGAGUGUGUCAGCAGUUCCUGCAAGAGGAAGGCAUUGAUGCUAUGGACUGGCCCGCCCGUUCCCCAGACCUGAAUCCAAUUGAGCACAUCUGGGACAUCAUGUCUCGCUCCAUCCACCAACGCCACGUUGCACCACAGAUUGUCCAGGAGUUGGCGGAUGCUUUAGUCCAGGUCUGGGAGGAGAUCCCUCAGGAGACCAUCCGCCACCUCAUCAGGAGCAUGCCCAGGCAUUGUAGGGAGGUCAUACAGGCACUUGGAGGCCACCCACACUACUGAGCCUCAUUUUGACUUGUUUUAAGGACAUUUCAUCAAAGUUGGAUCAGCCUGUAGUGUGGUUUUCCACUUUAAUUUUGAGGGUGACUCCAAAUCCAGACCUACAUGGGUUGAUAAAUUUGAUUUCCAUUGAUAAUUUUUGUGUGAUUUUGUUGUCAGCACAUUCAACUAUGUAAAGAAAAAAGUAUUUAAUAAGAUUAUUUCAUUCAUUCAGAUCUAGGAUGUGUUGUUUAAGUGUUCCCUUUAUGUUUUUGAGCAGUGUAUAUCCACACAAUGAGGUUGGAAUAAUACUGUGAAAUUGUGAAAAUAAUGAUAAUGCCCUUUUAGUGUAAGAGCUGUUUGAAAAGACUGUCUGAAAUUUCAGCCUGUUUUGGUGGGAUGGAGUUUUGGCCUGCCUGGUGACAUCACCAGGUGGUAAAUUAGUUAAUAGACCAAUAAGAAAGAGAGUUCCAAACCUAUCUGCCAAUAACAGCUAGUUUUCAGUUUCCCCCUCCCCACUCAGACCACUCCCAGACAGUCCCAGCAAAAUUAUUGCUUGAGAAAUUGCUCUCUGCUAAGAAGCUAUUUUUGUUUCUUUUUGACCAUUUUAAUUGAAAACAAUCACAGUAAGGUACUUAAUAGUUACCCAGAAAUGAUUUGAUAUUGAGAUAAAAAAUAAAAAAACAGCUGCAUUGGACCUUUUAAUAUAAAUUAUGACAUUAUUUUCAUCUUUAUCGUCAAUUAUCUAAAAAAAACACGGAAACUCACUUUUUAUUUUUUAUUUUUUUAUAUUCGCAUAUGUUGUAGCUUAGACCCUACUUCACAUUAUCUGAGGUUUUUGUGUUGUGCUCGCCAUUGGUUGAGACGUAACAUGCUCUUGAAUACCGGAUGGGUGUCAUUUCAAUCAUAUAAAUAGUUUCAUAGAAUGGACCUAUACCUUCAGACCACCGCAAUUCAACUGGUUGGAAUUUUUUAUUGAAUUGAAAUCAUAACUUCUUAUUAAUACCACAAAGAUGGCCGCCGGUCCACCCACCAUCGAAUGUCAACUUAAAUGGUCACGUCUAUUGUAUUAUGUAUAGAGUAUUUCUAUCAUUUCAAUAGGUUUCCUAUGGAGGAUUUUAACAGUAUCGUUUUAAAACAACUGAUAUGCCCAUUCAAGUCAACAUUGUCUGAUGUGUGUGUGACCUCCAACCAUCAUUGUGGUACCAUUUGAAAGUACAUUUAUCAGCCAAAACUUGACACCCAACCUGUAUUCAAAAGCAUGUUGUGCUCAACCGAUGGCGGCCACAACAUGAAACCUCCGAUUAUGUAAAAUAGGGUCGGCUACAACAAAAAAUAAUCGUAGUCUAUGCAUUUUUAGAUAAUUGAUGUUUAAGGUUAAAAGAUGACAUCCUUUAAAUUUUUUAACGUAUUUUAAGAAAUAAUACAAUUGUUAGAAAACCCUGUUUGUAAGCAUUUAAAUGAUAUCAAUCUCAACCGUUUAUCUUUUCCAGUGAUGGUAUGGUGGGGUAUGCAAAAAGGGUUAACUUUGAGCACCUUUAUCUCUUGAAUGUUUUGGCAUUCAGGUCCAAAAAGUCACUUUCUGAGCACUUCUACAAUGGGCAAAUAUGUAUGGAAGGUUUUGUUCAAAUCAAAAGGGAUUCUGUCAAAAAUGGAUUGUGUUGAAAUAGAUUUACCCACUGGUCCUUCAAAGCUUCUGUAGUGGAAAUGGAGUGUGGAGAGACAAGGGGUGCAGAUUUCACCUUUACAUAAUUUUAGACACAACCAUAACCAUAAAGAUACUAUGUGUUAGCCAAUGGCCACAUGAUGGGACUCUUGCAUUGGUUAUUUAUUGUUAGGAGGAAUAUCCAUCAGAGACCAUUUUACUGUGUAAUGAACUCACUUGAGCAUUGUGUGUGUGUGUUUGUGUGUGUGCAUACGUUUGUUGUGUGUGUGCGUGUGUGUGUGUGUGUGCGUGUGUGCGUGUGUGUGUGUGUGCAUACGUUUGGUGUGUGUGUGCGUGUGUUGUGUGUUGUGUGUGUGUGCGUGUGUGUGUGGGUGUGUGUGUGUGUGUGUGGGUGUGUGUGGUGUGGUGUGUGUGUGGUGUGUUGUGUGUGUGCAUAAGUUUGGUGCGUGUGUGUGUGAGUGUGUUGUGUGUGUGCAAUAAGUUUGUUGUGUGUGUGUGUGUGCGUGGUGUUGUGUGUGUGGGUGUGUGUGUGUGUGGUGUGUUGUGUGUGUGGUGUGUGUGUGUGUGUGUGUGUGUGUGUGUGGUGUUGUGUGUGUGGUGUGGUGUGUGUGUGUGUGUGUGUGUGUGGUGACAUCAGGAAUGUGUGUGUGGUGGAGUGUGUUUGGGUGUGUGUGGGGUGUUUGUGUGUGGUGGUUGAGACUUCAGGGAGGCUGUGGUGUUGAGGUCUGGGAUGCAGUGCCUGUACUGUACGUGGUGGUUACAUGAUCAAUGCAAUGUCACUGCAAUGGGUACGGACCAUCCUGAUAAAACUGGUACACACACUGAUACACACAACUGUCAAGACCACAUGAUAACCAUGAUCACAACAAUGAUACACACACACUGUACAACAUGUACACCACACACUGAUACAGCACACACUGAUACACACACUGUACACCCUGUACACUACACACAAUGAUACACACACACACUGUACCAACACACAUGAUACACCACACUGAUACAACAACAUGAUCACACCACUGACACACACCUGACACACGAACUGUACACACACACACUGAUCACAACACACUGAUACACAACAGCACUGACACAAACACACUGAACACACAACAAUGACACACACACAUGAUACACACACACACUGAUACACACACCACACACUGAUACACAUACACACAACUGACACACACCACACACAUGAUACACACACACAUGACACACACACGAACACUGAUACACACACACUGACACACACACACAUGAUACACACACUACACACCACGAUCACCAACACCACACACACACAACACACACACACUGAUACACACACACACACGGACACACACACUGAUACACACACACACACACUGAUACACACACACACAUGAUACACACACACACUGUACAACACACACACACCACUGAUACACACACACACACACUGAUACCACACACACACACUGAUACACACACACACACACACACUGAUACACACACACACACACUGAUACACACACACACCACUGAUACACACACACACUGAUACACACACACCACACUGAUACACAUACACACACUGACACACACACACACUGAUACACACACACAUGAUACACACACACACACUGAUACAUACACACAACUGACACACACACACACUGAUACACACACACACACACUGAUAACACACACACACUGAUACACACACACACUGAUACACACACACACACACACAGAUACACACUGAUACACACACACACACGGACCACACACACAUGAUACAACACACACACACACUGAUACACACACACACACACUGAUACACACACACACUGACACACACACACUGAUACACACACACACACACCCCACACACACACACAACACACAUGAUACACACAACACACACACACUGAUCACAACAUACACACACUGACACACACACACACACACUGAUACACACACACUGACACACACACACACCACUGAUACACACACACUGAACACACACACCACAACUGAUACACACACACACACACACACCACACACACACCACUGAUACACACACACACACGGACACACACACUGAUACACACACACACACACUGAUACACACACACACACACUGAUACACACACACACACACUGAUACACACACACACACACUGAUACACACACACAAACACAGAUACACACACACACACUGAUACACACACACACACACACUGAUACACACACACACACACACUGAUACACACACACACACUGAUACACACACACACUGAUACACACACACACACUGAUACACAUACACACACAGACACACACACACACUGAUACACACACACUGAUACACACACACACACUGAUACAUACACACACUGACACACACACACACUGAUACACACACACACACACUGAUACACACACACACACUGAUACACACACACACUGAUACACACACACACACACAGAUACACACUGAUACACACACACACGGACACACACACACUGAUACACACACACACACUGAUACACACACACACACACACUGAUACACACACACACACACACUGAUACACACACACACACACUGAUACACACACACACACACACACACUGAUACACACACACACACUGAUACACACACACUGAUACACACACACACUGAUACACACACAACACACGUAUGCACACACACAGAUUCACUCACACACAUUAUGAACCAACGUCACUAGCAUUACUCUCAUCUAUGAUAAUAACAAUAAUGUAUGAAGCAUGGGCCUUUAAAUGUAUCCUGUCUGUGUAGCACGCCAGGGGGUGUUGCUCUAUGUAUUCCACUGUGGUCCAGUGUGGUAAAGUUAACACUAAUGUACAAACAGGCCUUAGGGGAGUUUCAACCAGGCCAUUUCAGGAUCCCACCAUUGGAAUCAGAGGAGCACGGAUAAUGGAACACAGAGUAUGAGUGUGAUGUAGUGGUGAUGUUGUUGGUUAUUUUUUUUUGUAAAAGCCAAAACACAAUGGAGGAAUCAUUGUAACUGUUGGCUGAACUUGGUCCAGACCCGUUCCACGCCAACUGAUGAGCUAUACAUUUUAAAAAUGUUUUACUUCAAAUUACACCCACCACUGCCGUGCCAUUAAAAAGAAAUCAACAGUAAAAGGAAAAAAUGUAACAAAAGAAAACCAAAACAUUUUAAUCUUGUGGGUGCAGAAAACCAAUGAUGCCUCUUCUUCUUCUCUUUCCUUAAGGUGCAGAAAACCAAUGAUGCCUCUUCUUCUUCUCUUUCCUUAAGGUGCAGAACAACUAAUGAUGCCUCUUCUUCUUCUCUUUCCCUAAGGUGCAGAACAACUAAUGAUGCCUCUUCUUCUUCUCUUUCCCUAAGGUGCAGAACAACUAAUGAUGCCUCUUCUUCUUCUCUUUCCUUAAGGUGCAGAACAACUAAUGAUGCCUCUUCUUCUUCUCUUUCCUUAAGGUGCAGAACAACUAAUGAUGCCUCAUCUUCUUCUCUUUCCUUAAGGUGCAGAACAACUAAUGAUGCCUCUUCUUCUUCUCUUUCCUUAAGGUGCAGAACAACUAAUGAUGCCUCAUCUUCUCUUUCCUUAAGGUGCAGAACAUGUCCCAGUCCAUCGAGGUGCUGAACCUGCGGACCCAGAGAGACUUCCAGUACAUCAUGAGGAUGGAAGGCCAGUUCAAAGGGAUAAGGUCAAAGUUCAGACAGAUAGAGACCGACAGGAAAACACAGGUCAACAGAAACUUCCAGGUAAGUCGGUUUGAUAGGAAAAUUAGAGGAACAUUUGCAGGGAUCAUACAAUACCCUUUGACAUAAGCGACCAAGCUGUCAAACUAACAUCUUUUGUGACAUCAUGGUCAGGUUGUCAACUGAUUUAUUUUCUAAUCUUGUUACAUGAAAUAUCUUCAAUCAGAAAACAACAGGAAGAUAAUGAUUGAUGUUCAAGGAUGAUAAGAAUUGAUGUUCCAGGAUGAUAAUGAUUGAUGUUCCAGGUUGAUAAUGAUUGAUGUUCAGGGGUGAUAAUGAUUGAUGUUCCAGGAUGAUAAUGAUUGAUGUUCCAUGCAACAUUUUGUCCACUGGGCUUGUGUUUUUCCUUCCCCAGGAGUUGAACUGAAAUGAUAUUGAACCAUAUGUUUCCCCAGGAGUUGAACUGAAAUGAAUUGAACCAUGUGUUUCCACAGGAUUUUAACAGAAUUUAAUUGAACUCUGUGUUUCCUUCUCUAUAGGAGUUGAAGGGUAAGAUGGAGGCCCUACAGCCUCUGAUCCCUGUGUUGAAGCAGUACAAGACAGAUGCCCAGCUCAUCUCCCAGUUUAAACAGGAGAUCAGGAACCUCUCCAUGGUGCUCACAGCCAUCCAGGAGGAGAUAGGAACCUACGACUACGAGGAACUACAACGGAGGGUCCUGAAUCUGGAGAACAGGCUACGCAACUGCAUGAGCAAACUCAGUGAGUCACAUGCACACACGGACACACACACACCAGUGGCGGUUAGUGACGUUCAAGAUUAGGGAGGACAAUUAUUUAUAUUGCAGCAUAUUGGAUGACUGUCAUUCAUAUUCUAUUCACCCAGCUCAAUGUAACAUCGAUAGGUUUAGGCUACUACAUGAUACAGGAUUUGCCCUACACCCGUCACGAGGUUGCUACAACCUAGCCUAUGAAUCAAAGUUUACAACGUAGGUGCACACAGGUCGAGAGACAAUUUGGAGUAAUCAAGGUGACAGACAGUGACACUAUUCAUCACUGCCUUGCACACUCUGGCCUGAAUCUAGUUAAUCUGGGGUGUUAUCAUUAGUCCAAAACAGUUGAAUGUUUUGCACUUAGCUAGCUGGCUAAGGCAACUCUUCCAAGUCAAGGUCAGCUUUCGGUUUUUAUUAAUGUAUUGUCCACAGGGCCUGCAGGUGUAACUGCUAAACUGCUUUGCUGUAACGUUACAAUGUACUGCGUGAUUGUACACAUGGAUUGGAUUGUGGGUUUACUGACGCGUUAGUUCUAGUUUGUUGACUAUAAUGUUACUAUGGUGACAAUGAUGUAGGCUGUGUAGCGGUUAGCGGUUAUGGUAUGAAGGUUUAGCUCGGAGAGGUUUUUUGCGCCUGGUCACAGACAGCUGCUGUGUUGUGCACAAGCGACGGGAAAAGGUGAGAGGAGCGCGUAGAUCGUUGUGAAAAGGAAUUAUACAAUGAGCAAAGUGAUGAUGGUGUUUGUAUGUGGCUGAUAUUAAAGUGAACUGUGUGUGCAGGGGAUCAGGGGUGUAUUCAUUCCGCCGAUUCUGUUCCAAAACGUUUCUUAAACGGAAGUAAACGCAACGAAACGGGGAGGGACCUACGUGAAUUUGUCCAAUUGAAACACGCGUUUUAGGAUAAAUAGCAAUCCUCUCUGUUUUAGUCAUGUUGUUGUAGGCUUACACUGAACAAAAAUAUAAACGCAACAUGCAACAAUUUCAACGAUUUUACUGAGUUACAGUUCAUAUAAGGAAAUCAGUCAAUUCAAAUAAAUUAAUCUAUGGAUUUCACAUAACUGGGCAGGGGCGCAGCCAAUCAGAAUUAUUUUUUCCCCACUAAAGGGCUUUAUUACAGACAGAAAUACUGUCCGGGUGGCUGGUCUCAGACGAUCCCGCAGGUGAAGAAGCUGGAUGUGGAGGUCCUGGGCUGGCGUGGUUACACGUGUGGUCUGCGGUUGUGAGGCCGGUUGGACGUACUGACAAAUUCUCUAAAACAUCGUUGGAGGCGGAUUAUGGUAGAGAAAUUAACAUUACAUUAUCUGGCAACAGCUCUGGUGGACAUUCCUGCAGUCAGCAUGCCAUUUGCAUGCUGCCUCAAAACUUGAGACAUCUGUGGCAUUGUGUUGUGUGACAAAACUGCACAUUUUAGAGUGUCCUUUUAUUGUCCCCAGCACAAGGUGCACCUGUGUAAUGAUCAUGCUGUUUAAUCAGCUUCUUGAUAUGCCACAGCUGUCAGGUGGAUGGAUUAUCUUGACAAAGGAGAAAUGCUCACUAACAAGGAUGUAAACAAAUUUGUGCACACAUUGUGAGAGAAAUACUGUAAGCUUUUUGUGUGUAUGGAAAAUGUCUGUGAUCUUUUAUUUUAGCUCAUAAAACAUUGGACCAACAAUUUACAUGUUGCGUUUAUAUUUAUGUUCAGUAUAAUUAGCUGCAUUAGCUAAGUAAGUGAAAGGUAAACUAAGAAUAAAUUAAUUUGUUCAAAACUGUUUAACUAUUGUCUUUCUCUCUCUUUGAAUCAACUACUCACCACAUUUUAUGCACUGCAGUGCUAGCUAGCUGUAGCUUAUGCUUUCAGUAAUAGAUUCAUUCUCUCAUCCUUUGAUUGGUGGACAACAUGUCAGUUCAUGCUACAAGAGCUCUGAUAGGUUGGAGGACGUCCUCCGGAAGUUGUUAUAAUUAUUGUGUAAGUCUAUGGAAGGGGGUGAGAACCAUGAGCCUCCUAGGUUUUGUAUUGAAGUCAAUGUACCCAGAGGAGGACGGAAACUAGCUGUCCUCCGGCUACACCAUGGUGCUACCCUACAGAGUGCUGUUGAGGCUACUGUAGACCUUCAUUGACCUUCAAUCAGUUAUUUGGUGACGUGAAUAUUUUUAGUAUAGUUUUAUCUAAAAAUGAUAACUUUUUUAAUUUUUCAGUAUUUUUAUUUUCGUGAAAUUCACUGAAUAGGAUGGUCCUCCCAUUGCUCUUCUGAGGAGCCUCCACUGACACACACACUCGAGCCUACGACUAUGAGCAUCUACAGCACAGUCUCAGUGCUCAGUCUGGAGGACAGGCUACAUGGACAUGCACCUUUGUACUCAUAACCAUAGAAAUAUACAGUACAUAUCAUUGGAUUAAGUUAAAAAAUGUACUACUACUACUACUACUGCUACUACUACUACUACUACUACUGCUACUACUACUACUGCUACUACUACUGCUAUUACUACUACUACUGCUGUUACCUGUUACUGGAAAUGUAGGAAAGGAAACUGACGAUGAUACGUUUUUCAUAUACUGUCAUGGUCAAAAGUUUUGAGAAUGACACAAAUACUCAUUUUCACAAAGUCUGCUGCCUCAGUUUUGAUGAUGGCAAUUUGCAUAUACUCCAGAAUGUCAUGAAGAGUGAUCAGAUGAAUUGCAAUUAAUUGCAAAGUCCCUCUUUGCCAUGAAAAUGAACUUAAUCCCCCAAAACAUGUUCACUGCAUUUCAGCCCUGCCACAAAAGGACCAGCUGCCAUCAUGUCAGUGAUUCUCUCGUUAACACAGGUGAGAGUGUUGACGAGGACAAGGCUGGAGAUCACUCUGUCAUGCUGAUUGAGUUAGAAUAACAGACUGGAAGCUUUAAAAGGAGGGUGGUGCUUGAAAUCAUUGUUCUUCCUCUCUUAACCAUGGUUACCUGCAAGGAAACACGUGCCAUCGUCAUUGCUUUGCACAAAAAUGGCUUCACAGGCAAGGAUAUUGCUGCUAGUAAGAUUGCACCUAAAUCAACCAUUUAUCGGAUCAUCAAGAACUUUGAGGAGAGAGGUUCAAUUGUUGUGAAGAAGGCAUCAGGGCGCCCAAGAAAGUCCAGCAAGCGCCAGGACCGUCUCCUACAGUUGAUUCAGCUGCGGGAUCGGGGCACCACCAGUGCAGAGCUUGCUCAGGAAUGGCAGCAGGCAGGUGUGAGUGCAUCUGCACGCACAGUGAGGCAAAGACUUUUGGAGGAUGGCCUGGUGUCAAGAAGGGCAGCAAAGAAGCCACUUCUCUCCAGGAAAAACAUCAGGGACAGACUGAUAUUCUGCAAAAGGUACAGGGAUUGGACUGCUGAGGACUGGGGUAAAGUCAUUUUCUCUGAUGGAUCCCCUUUCCGAUUGUUUGGGGCAUCCAGAAAACACCUUGUCCGGAGAAGACAAGGUGAGCGCUACCAUCAGUCCUUUGUCAUGCCAACAGUAAAGCAUCCUGAGACCAUUCAUGUGUGGGGUUGCUUCUCAGCCAAGGGAGUGGGCUCACUCACAAUUUUGCCUAAGAACACAGCCAUGAAUAAAGAAUGGUACCAACACAUCCUCCGAGAGCAACUUCUCCCAACCAUCCAAGAACAGUUUGGUGACAACCAAUGCCUUUUCCAGCAUGAUGGAGCACCUUGCCAUAAGGCAAAAGUGAUAACUAAGUGGCUCGGGGAACAAAAAACGACAUUUUGGGUCCAGGGCCUGGAAACUCCCCAGACCUUAAUCCCAUUGAGAACUUGUGGUCGAUCCUGAAGAGGCGGGUGGACAACCAAAAAACCCACAAAUUCUGACAAACUCCAAGCAUUGAUUAUGCAAGAAUGGGCUGCCAUCAGUCAGGAUGUGGCCCAGAAGUUAAUUGACAACAUGCCAGGGCGGAUUGCAGAGGUCUUGAAAAAGAAGGGUCAACACUGCAAAUAUUGACUCUUUGCGUAAACUUAAUGUAAUUGUCAAUAAAAGCCUUUGACAGUUAUGGAAUGCUUGUAAUUAUACUUCAGUGUUACCAUAGUAACAUCUGACAAAAAUAUCUCAUAACACUGAAGCAGCGAACUUUGUGAAGACCAACAUUUGUGUCAUUCUCAAAAACGUUUGACCACGACUGUCCAUGUGACUAAUAAAACACUAAAUCUGAAUCAAUUGUCUUCCAAUAUCCCCUCCCGCGAAAGCCUCCCCCGUCCCAGAUGUCCCUGAUAUUAUCAUACCACCCCAUACCCGUAACGCUCUUAACGUUUUUCAUGUACUUUUUAGUGUAUCAGAUAGACUCAUAAGUGAGAUGGAACUGUGUGUUCUAGUCUACAUCCCAAAUGGCACCCUAUUCCCUAUAAAGUGCACUAGUUUUGACCAGAUCCCUGGGAUGGCCAUUUGGGACGCAGCCGAUUUAACUAGAUUACAGAUGAACUAGAUACAGGUAACAGGUGGAGCGUUCCAGUGGUCAGAGGCAUGAAAUUAGCUGUUAAGAACUAACACAGUCAGGGGAAAUCUAAUCGGAGUACUGUGUGUGUGUGUGUGUGUGUUUGUGUCUGUCUGGUCUGGUCUGGUCUGUCAACAGCUUGUGGUAAACUGAUGAAGAUCACUGGACCUGUGAUGGUGAAGACCUCUGGUACACGGUUUGGAGCUUGGAUGACUGAUCCACAGGCCUCCCCUAGAAACAACCGGGUGAGUGGAGGGGGGGAGGGAGGGGGGGGAGGGAGGGAGUGAGGGGGGGAGAGAGAGAGGGAGGGAGGGAGGGAGAGAGGGAGGGAGGGAGGGAGGGAGGAGAGAGAGGGAGAGAGGGAGGGAGGGAGGGAGAGAGGGAGGGAGGGAGGGAGGGAGAGAGAGGGAGAGAGGGAGGGAGGGAGGGAGGGAGAGAGGGAGGGAGGGAGGGAGGGAGGGAGGGAGGGACGGACGGACGGACGGACGGACAGAUAAUGUAGUUUAUGGGUGUAAAAUCAAUUAAUUGACAGUCACAGACGAUGUAGUUUAUGGGUGUAAUAUGCGUUGUAUAUAUACUACCAGUCAAAAGUUUGGACACACCUACUCAUUCAAGGGUUUUUCUUUUCUUUUUUACUAUUUUCUACAUUGUAGAAUAAUAGUGAAGACAUCAAAACGAUGAAAUAACACAUAUGGAAUGACGUAGUAACCAAGAAAAGUGUUAAACAAUUUUUGUUAUAUUUGAGAUUCUUCAAAUAGCCACCCUUUGCCUUGAUGACAGCUUUGCACACUCUUGGUAUUCUCUCAACCAGCUUCACCUGGAAUGCUUUUCCAACGGUCUUGAAGGAGUUUCCACAUAUGCUGAGCACUUGUUGGCUGCUUUUCCUUCACUCUGUGGUCCAACUCAUCCCAAAGCAUCUCAAUUGGGUUGAGGUCGGGUGAUUGUGGAGGGCAGGUCAUCUGAUGCAGCACUCCAUCACUCUCCUUCUUGGUAAAAUAUCCCUUACACAGCCUGGAGGUGUGUUGGGUCAUUGUCCUGUUGAAAAACAAAUGAUAGUCCCACUAAGCGCAAACCAGAUGGACUGUCGUUUCUCUUUGCUUAUUUUAGCUGUUCUUGCCAUAAUAUGGACUUGGUCUUUUACAAAUAGGGCAUUCCAGGUGACUACCUCAUGAAGCUGGUUGAGAGAAUGCCAAGCGUGUGCAAAGCUGUCAUCAAGGCAAAGGGUGGCUACUUUGAAGAAUCUCAAAUAUAAAAUAUAUUUUUGAUUUUGUUUAAAACUUUUUUUUGGGUUACUACAUGAUUCCAUAUGUGUUAUGUCAUAGUUCUGAUGUCUUCACUAUUAUUCUACAAUGUAGAAAAUAGUAAAAAGAAAAAUCCUUGAAAUGAGUAGGUGUCCAAACUUGUGACUGGUACUGAAUAGGAAUAAAUAAACCAUCAGACUAACUACUAAUACUGCUGCUUUCAAAGAGCUUGUCCAACCUUCUGGGGCGGCAGGUGGCUUAGUGGUUAAGAGCGUUGGGCCAGUAACCGAAAGGUCGCUGGUUCUAAUCCCCGAGCCGACUAGGUGAAAAAUCUGUUGAUGUGCCCUUGAGCAGCAAGGCACUUAACCCUAAUUGCUCCUGUAAGUCGCUCUGGAUAAGAGCGUCCGCUAAAUGACGUAAAUUGACUUGUAUGUGGGUCGUUCCACAAAAAGAGGGCCUUUUUUAAGGUUAAACUAUUCCUUUUAAAAUAAUUUAUUUUUCAAAAGAAACGUCUAAUAGUCACUCUUUGUGGCCAUUUUCUGGUGUUUUGUGGUGGAAAACUGAGUGGAUCAUCAACACGUCAACCCUGUUACCCAUAGAUGGACAAAAUAUAUACAUUUUUACAUGAAGCUUGCAUUCACUCCGUGUUAAAUACAACACGCUUCCAUUCCCCCUGUCACAAGGGAAUUUAUGGCUGAUCUAAGAUGAACACUUAAUUUAUUUGGUACUUAAUAUGCACUUAUUGCUAUAAUACGUUUAGUUAUUUAACCUCUUGAGAUGGGAAAACAUGCUUUUUUAUGAAGUUUAACAUGUUUUUGUGACAGAAUGUUAAAAUUAGGUAAAAAAUUAUAAUAAUCUGGACCAAGUUACACUUCAAAAGCUACCGAAUGGCUGGAACGACCCAUGUGCUACGUUCUGACUAAUGUGCCUACAAAGUAGACCUUUAAAUUGUUAAUGUCCUCCUGUACUUUUGUUCUUACCCAGGUCUGGUACAUGGAUGGCUACACCAACAACAAGAUAGUCAAAGAGUACAAGUCCAUAGCAGACUUUGUUUCCGGGGCCGGGUCUCGAACCUACAACCUGCCGUUCAAGUGGGCCGGGACCAACCACGUGGUGUACAACGGCUCUCUGUACUACAACAAGGUCCAGAGCAACAUCAUGGUGCGCUACCACUUCGAGACGGGCCGCGUGGUGACCCAGAGAGCCCUGGAGAACGCCGGCUUCCACAACGUCUACCCUUACACCUGGGGAGGCUUCUCCGACAUAGACCUCAUGGCCGACGAGCUGGGCCUGUGGGCCGUCUACGCCACCAAUCAGAACGCCGGAAACAUCGUCAUCAGCCAGCUCAACCCGGAGACGCUACAAAUCCUCGGAACCUGGAACACGGAAUAUUCCAAACGGAACGCGGGGGAGUCCUUUAUGAUUUGCGGAACACUCUACAUCACCAACUCUCACCUGACUGGUGCUAAGGUCUACUAUUCAUACUCCACCAAGACCUCCAGCUAUGAGUACACAGACAUCCCCUUCCACAACCAGUACUUCCACAUGUCCAUGCUGGACUAUAAUGCCAGGGACCGGGCACUGUACGGCUGGAACAAUGGACACCAGGUUCUGUUCAAC